AUGAGUUAUUUGAUAAAGAAUGGAUUAAAUAUAAAUGGAAAAAUAUUCAUGUUUGAACUAUCCCAAGUGGUCUGUGAUGCACCUGCAAAGGCAUUUAUUCUUAACGUCAAAGUACAUAAUGCUUAUCACGGCUGUAGUUCUUGUAUAGAUGAAGGUUCAUUUAUUAACAAUCGAAUGAGUUUUAACAACUUGAAUUCUUCUUUAAGAACCGAUAAAUCUUUUCGUGACAAGUCUGACGAAGACUGUAAUGGGCAUGUAUUAAGUAUAACUGAAGUUAGUAUAAACAGCUUUUCCUUAUUAUGUGGUUAUCCUUGUAAAAGCAUUUAG